CUGUAGUUUGUGCAUUUUUUCCCCUCUACAAAGCGCAACAAAAGUUGCCGACCUAUGAUAAACAGUACUGUAGCGAGCUUGAUAAUUAUCAAUGUGAACAUGUGUGAGCGACAGACUUUGAUCUGUAUCACAAUGGUCUUCUGGAGGUUAUUAGAAACAGCGUUUUAAUGUUCCAGAUGAAAUAUUAACUAGAGUCACGUGACAUUUAGCGUUUAAAAAGCAAUUACUAAAUUGUUUGCGUUGUAAUGUAGCAAGUCAAGUUAGACAAUGCGUGUGAGGAUAUAUUUGUGGUUUCUGACUAUUUUAGGAUCCUUGUAUGCCUCUGGUGAGUGUUAAUUUCUUGUUUAAUCCAUAUUUUGAUUGCAGUGGUCUACCCAUAGAAUUAGGAAUUAGAAUACUAGAACGUACAUGAACCUUCUUAGGAUGGUCCAAAGGUCAGCCAUGUUAGUCAGGGAGUUGGUCAACCAUGAUUUGCCAGUGUUAUGAUAAGAUAAUGUGUAAAACAAUGAAUGUGAAGAAUGUAUGUGCACUGUAUGUGUGUUAACUAGCCAGACAGUUUGAGGAAUGAUUCCAUACACCUUUUCAAAUUAACUGCCAAUAUGCCAACCUUCCAUUCAUACAGUGCAGUCAAUCCACAGCCAUACACUGGCUCAAAUCAGUUGAUGAUAGGAGUUGUAUAUAAUGGGACCUAUGUCAUCUAAAAGUUUGUACUUUCGACUCAUCUGUCCAUAGAACAUUCUUUCAAGAGUUGAUGAUCAUCCAGGUGCUUCCAUGUGCUUUUUGGCUAACUUGAGUGAACUUUUUGGAUGACAUGGGUCCCAUUAUGUCUGGCGAAAACCAAACACUGCAUUCCACAGUAAGAACCUUAUACCAACGGUCAAGCAUGGUGGUGGUAGUGUGAUGGUUUGGGGAUGCUUUGCUUCCUCGAGACCUGGAUGACUUACCUUAAUAGAAGGAACCAUGAAUUCUGCUCUGUAUCAGAGAAUUCUGCAGGAUAAUGUCAGGCCAUCCUUGUGUGAGCUGAAGCUGAAGCGCCGCUGGGUCAUGCAGCAAGACAAUGAUCCAAAACACACAAUCAAGUCUACAUGAAAAUGGUUAAAAAGCAACAAAUUAGGGCCUCCCUAGUAGCGCAGCGGUCUAAGGCACUGCAUCGCAGUGCUUGAGGCGUCACUACAGUUCCGGGUUCGAUCCCAGGCUGUGUCAUGACUGGGAGUCCCAUAGGGUGGCGCACAAUUGGCCCAGCGUCGUCCGGGUUAGGGGAGGGUUUGGCCGGGGGGGCUUUACUUGACUCAUCGCACUCUAGCGACUCCUUGUGGUGGGCCGGGCCCCUGCAGGCUGACUUCGGUCGUCAGUUGAACGGUGUUUCCUCCGACACAUUGGUGCGGUUGGCUUCCGGGUUAAGCAGGCGGGUGUUAAGCGCGGUUAGGCGGGUCAUGUUUCGGAGGACGCAUGACUCCACCUUUCCCCUCUCCCGAGCACGUUGGGGAGUUGCAACAAUGAGACAAGAUCGCAAUUGGAUAUCACGAAAUUGGGGAGAAAAAGGGGUUAAAACCCCCCAAAAAAUUAGUUGUGGAAUGGCCUAGUUAAAGUGCAGACCUAAUCCCAAUUGAGAUGUUGUGGCAGGACUUGAAAGGAGCAGUUCAUGCUUGAAAACCCACAAAAGUCGCUGAGUUAAAGCAGUUCUGAAUGCAAGAGUGGACGAAAUUCCUCCACAGCGAUGUGAGAGACUGAUCAACAACUACAGGAAGCAUUUGGUUGCAGUCAUUGCAGCUAAAGGUGGGACAACCAGUUAUUGAUCGGUUUCUAGUCCGGGCUCUGGCUGAGCCACUCAAGGACAUUCAGAGACUUGUCCCGACGCCGCUCCUACUGAAGCCUCUUUACUGAAGAGUUGCUUCCGUCUGGCCAUUCUACCAUAAAGGCCUGAUUGGUGGUGCUGCAGAGAUGGUUGUCCUUCUGGAAGGUUCUCCCAUCUCCACAGAGGAACUCUGAAGCUCUGUCAGAGUGACCAUCGGGUUCUUGGUCACCUCCCUGACCAAGGCCCUUCUCCCCCGAUUGCUCAGUUUGGCCAGGCGGCCAGCUCUAGGAAGAGUCUUGGUGGUUCCAAACAUCUUCCAUUUAAGAAUGAUUGAUGCCACUGUGUUCUUGGGGACCUUCAAUGCUGCAGAACUUUUUUGGUACCCUUCCUUAGAUCUGUGCCUCGACACAAUCCUGUCUCGGAGCUUUACGGACAAUUCCUUCCACCUCAUGGCUUGGUUUUUGCUCUGGCAUGCACUGUCAACUGUGGGACCUUAUAUAGACAAGUGUGUGCUUUUCCAAAUCGUAUCCAAUCAAUUGAGUUUACCACAGAUGGACUCCAAUCAAGUCGUAGAAACAUCUCAAGGAUGAUCAAUGGAAACAGGAUGCACCUGAGCUCAAUUUUGAGUCUCAUAGCAAAGGAUCUGAAUAGUUAUGUAAAUAAUGUAUUUCUGUUUUUUAUUUUUAAUACAUUUACAAAACAUUCUUAACCUGUUUUCGCUUUGUUAUUAUGGGGUAUUAUGUGUAGAUUGAUGGAAAAAAAAUAAUUUCAUCAAUUUUAGAAUAAGGCUGUAACGUAACAAUGUGGAUAAAGGGAAGGGGUCUGAAUACUUUCUGAAUGCACUGUAUGUAUGUUUUAUUGGAAUGUAAAUGAAACCAGUACUAAUAUUCUAUCGUAUAAUAGCACUCAGAGCUUUCCAAGAAAACAAAAGUAAGAUAACUUUAUACAGAUAAUUGGUAAAAACAUGUAUAAACUGUAUAUAUAAUUGACAAUAUUUUAGGUUGACUAUAAUUCCAUUACAUUUCUGGUACAUCACAUGCUUUACUUUUAUUUUCCUGCUUAAGUAAAAGCAGGAAAUGCAUCACCUAUGCCUCUACUGCCAUUCAUUCCAAUUAGACUAGUUUUGGAUCUCUCCCUGACCAAGAUGGCUACCAUUUUGGACUUUGAGGGUUUAUGACAUAGCCCCUCGAGUAAUUUAAUAGGAUCUCUAUGGGUCUACCUGUCAGAAUGUGCAGCAUGAGCUGUCAACAACAUGAAUCAGUCAAGAACUGUAGCUAUGAUUAUUUUAUUCCUUCUAAAAGGAUGUGGCAACUGUAGCCUAGAGGUUUGAUAUAUUGGAUCAUUGUUUGUAGCUACAUUGAAUGAUUAAUUGUACUGUCAAGGCAACGGUGAACUGGUCAAUGUGUCAAGAUAAUAUUAAAUGUUAUUUGACAGUCUAACUUUGAAUAUGCGUAAUAUGAUUUAGUUUAAUUUCCUUGAAUAUUGACUGUGGGAGAAAUAUAUAUUUUCUAAUACAGUAGAUUCAUAAUAAUAAUGUUAUCAUUUUUGUUUCCAGAUGGCGGGUUCCGCUUUGCCUCCUAUUAUGGCGAUCACAUGGUUCUGCAGAAGGCCCCAGAGAGGGCUGUGUUGUGGGGCUAUGGACCCGAUGAUGCUGAGGUCACAGUCUUUCUAUCAGGAGGACCAGUCACUAACAAAGCACCUGCUGUCAGUGUGGCUGCCGGUGAGCUAACUGAUCCCAACAAUGCCCUUAGUUUAGCAUGCGUAUACAGUCAUGUCAUGAAGUUGAGGAUGAAGUUAGCCGAACUUCUGUAAUUUCAAGGAGAGUUGAUAAAACCCUAAGCUCUUGUCAAGUUACUUUUCUAACAAAUGUUAACGUCGUACUGCAAAGGUGACAGUGACACGUUUGUUAGAAUUAGGAAAAAGCUAUGAGGAAUUGUGAAGAACAAAAAAAGCACCAAUUGUUUUAAGUUAAUUGUGCUCAGUGUCCCACUUUUUCUGCCUUGUACAUGAAGACAUAAGCGUAAGCUUCACUGAUGCAUGGUUUUGGAUGUCUUCCCAGGGAUAUGGAGGGUGACCCUUGACUCAACGGAAGCUGGCGGUCCCUACAACGUGACUGCAGUCCUCCAGAACAACCACAGUAUCACUCUCACAGAUGUGCUGUUUGGGGAUGUCUGGCUGUGUGGGGGACAGAGCAACAUGGCUUUCACAACUUCUCAGGUGAGUACUGCAUGAUUCCAAAGAUUACCUCUCAGAGACUAUACUCUGCAAUGUUAAAAUAAGUCUGAGUUUGCAUAGUUUUAAUAAUAACCAUGGUUAUGUCUUGUCCUCAAGGUGUUUAAUGCAUCAGAGGAGUUAGCUCUGGCCUCCAAGUUCCCUCAGGUGCGUAUCUUUAUGGCUACCUUGGAGCAGAGUUACACUGAGCUGACUGACUUGGCUGGAGUGGAGGUGCCCUGGUCCGUCCCCACAGCAGGUAUGGACAGGCUCCACACAGUCUCUAAUAUUGGCUAAAUUACAUGUGAAAUUUCAUGUAAAUGCUAGCUGUCAGCCAAUUGACUGUGAAAUAGGAUCAAUACAUUUUGUUAAUGGGUAUUCAUCUUAACCCUCCUGAACCCUGAACAGAGUUGCUGGGCGGUGGGGAUUUCAAGCACUACUCUGCAGUGUGCUGGAUGUUUGGGCGCCACUUGUACAAGACGCUGAAGUACCCCAUCGGCCUAGUGACGUCCUGCUGGGGAGGCACACCUGUAGAGGCAUGGUCCUCCCCACGAGCACUCCAACACUGUGACCUGGACAGGAUUAAGGGGUAAGUGUAUAGGCACCUAUUUUACAUUAUACAGGUAGCAUGCACCUUUUUAAAUCAUCGUCUCACCUAUGGUACUUGAUAUCAGUUGGCCUAUGUCCUGUUCUUUUCACCUAGGUUCCCCAUGCCAUAUACACCUUCAAUGUAUUUGUCUGUGUGGACUAACUCUGUGUUGUGGAAUGCCAUGAUCCAUCCACUUCUCAACAUGACCAUCAAAGGAGCUAUCUGGUACCAAGGUAAAACAGCUUGGAGUCACAUUUGUUUUCUCCCAUCUUUGAGCAUACAGUAACAGCAUAGAAACUGAAGACAGUAUUAACAACAUGUCUGACCUCUGACCUGGCCCCUGUGAUAGGCGAGGCCAAUGCAGAGUACAAUCAGAAGAAAUACUCCUGUUCCUUUCCCUCCAUGAUUGAUGACUGGAGGAUGGCUUUCCACCAGAGUUCAGCGGGGCAGACGGCACCAGACUUCCCUUUUGGAUUUGUACAGGUACUGACUAACCGACUACAACACCUAAUCCCCUGUGAAUGUAUCUCGCAUAAUAGCAAUCACUACAUUGCUUUGACAAUGUAUCACACCAGGAUGUGUUACCAACUGCUGCUAACGCUGUUACAUUGACCCUGUCUAUAUAUUUGUCCUCAGCUCUCUACGUAUAGAAAGGCCUCCUUAAGUGAGGGAUUUCCAAACAUACGCUGGCACCAGACUGCAGACUAUGGCUUUGCUCCCAACCUGCGUAUGAAGAACACAUUCAUGGCCGUUGCUAUGGACUUAGGAGAUACAAUGUCUCCUUAUGGCAGGUAAGUAACAGUCAAAGAAUAGAUACCACAGUAUUCGAUAGACAUGUACUCUAAAGUGUUAAGCAGUUCACAUAUGAAUACUGUGAGAACACAAUACUACGUUCCAAUAUCGAUACUAGCAUACCACUUAGGAUGCAUGCAUUGCUUCCUUCUAAGUGGUAUGCUAAUGUGGGUGUUAGAAUGUGGAACAAGAGGUUUACCAGUGACUUUAUGUUCCAGUAUCCAUCCCCGUGACAAGCAGGACGUGGCCUACAGACUGUCUCUAGGGGCGAGAGCUGUGGCUUAUGGGGAGGAGGGCGUCUCAUUCCAGGGGCCUUUCCCUAACCGGAUCCUGGUCAAUGACCAGUAUAUCAACGUUACCUAUGACCAGAGGGUGUCUGUCACUCAAUCCAAAGAUAUCUUUGAGGUAAGCCUGAUGGCUGUAGUUGUAAUAUGUACUAAGGUGGUCCUCUGUAGCUCAAUUGAUAAGAGCAUGGCGCUUGUAACGCCAGUGUAGUGGGUUCGAUCCCUGGGACCACCCAUACGUAAAAAUGUAUGCACACAUGACUGUAAGUCGCUUUGGAUAAAAGCGUCUGCUAAAUGGCAUAUCAUCAUAUCAUAUCAAGGUAUGGGGUAGCAGUUAGCCUAGUGGUUAGAGUGUUGGGCUGGUAACCAAAAGGUUGCUGGUCGAAUACCCGAUCGGACAAUGUGAAAAAUCUGUUGAUCUGCCCUUGAGCAAGGCACUUAACCCUAAUUUGCCCCAGUGGCACCGCACUACUAUGGCUGACCCUGUAAAACAACACAAUUAACUGCAUCUAUCCGGUGUAUGUGACAGUACAACAUCUUAUUAUUAUUAUUAUUAUUUUUGUAGUGUUUCUACCAACCAUGAACAGGAUGAACUUGGUCUGAAUUCUUUCUUUGUUAUUGUCAACAGCAUGGCAUGUUGUCAUGCAGGCUUUUCCACCUUGCUAAAAGAAAAGUGUCAGGGGAAACCAUUUCUUAAACAGACUGUUUCUUCCUCAGAUUUGCUGCUCAGGGGUAAGGGCACCCUGUGACUCUCUGUCACUGUGGAUCCAAGCUCCCAUACUGCAGUGGGGCCAUAGCGCCGUCCAAGUGUCCACCGCUAACUGUUUCAUGAACAAUGUAGCCGGCCUGCGCUACGCAUGGAGGGACUGGCCUUGUGACUUUAAGGCAUGUCCUGUUUACAGUGCUGAUGGGGUUCUACCUGCACCUCCCUUCACUCUCAACCGCUGGCCAGGCAAGUGGCAGUGAGACGAGAACCCCCCUCUCCUAUGAAUGGAUUAUUCCACCCAAAUAUGGUGUGGUGGUUAACAAGAUGCACUUGUGGCAAGACUGGAAAUGAAAUGCUAACCGUUUCCUCUUGAGUCAUCAGUGUGAAACUGUUGGCAGUUUUUCAGUGUGUGCAUCUUUGAAUUCUCUUGAACAUAACUACAUAAUUAUCUAUAAAAACCAAUCACCUCUUUGGCUUGUUUACAAUUGCUCUGAAUCUUUCUAUAAUUUGUUUUCACAUUGUAUUGUACUUUUAUUUACGCAGUGGGAAAUGUUUUUGAAUGACACAAUAUGAGCAAUGGUUGUUAAUCAUUAUUAUCGUGUUUUAUUAUUUGAUGAUCAAUGAUAGUAAAAUGAAAUAAAUUAGUGGGUUUAUCUUGUUUUGUAUGCUUUGUACAAAAUAAUAAAAUGCAGCACGACAGGAUUCUUCUAAACUUAGCUCUUUAUUAGCUAGCUAUAACUGGCAUGUUCAUGUGUCUCUGGCCAUGAUCAUCUGAAGAUGACCUCACCACCUAGGUGGUCUUAACCAAUCAUAGCGCAGUAUGAUACGACGGUAGAAUGCAUCCAAUUACAAUUCAGUAUGCUGACACAUAUGAAUAUUAGAUU